AUGGCCUGUCAGAGACAUGAUAAACCAAACAGACUGAGGGAAGAGCUGAGCUGCAUGCUGGUUGGUGAUGGAGCUGUGGGGAAGACCAGCAUGAUUAUCAGUUACAUCUUCAAUGGAUACAACAGUGAAUACAGACAGACCGCUUUUGAUGUUUUCACUGGUUUGGUUCACGUGAAUGGAGUACCAACUCGAAUCAAACUGAUAGACACUGCUGGACAGGAGGAGUUUGGACAUCUUCGCUCUCUCUGCUAUGCCCAUGUGGACGUCUUCAUCCUCUGCUUCAGUCUGGUCAACCCAGUCUCCUUUGACAACAUCACCUCCAAAUGGAUCCCACAGAUCCGAGCCGGCAACCCGACCUCUCCCAUUGUUCUGGUCGGAACUCAGUCAGAUCUUCGCCACAAUGUGAACGUCCUUAUUCAUCUGGACCAGCACAGCACCAAACCAGUGCACUUCAGCCGGGCCAGGAGGCUGUCACACAGGAUAAGAGCGUAUGGCUACAUGGAGUGUUCAGCUCUGACACAACACAACCUCAAGGAUGUGUUUGACUGUGCUGUAUUUGCUGCCAUCAAGCACAAAUACACUGGCGUGAAAUCUAAAAAGCUCAGCCUGCUCGAACGUUUGAGGACAUUUUGUGGUUGUAGAUGGAGGAAAAUCAGCAGAUUCAUCUGA